AGUCUUAUUUUUAUUUGUUUCGAGGUUGAACACGUACACACUUUUAGAGCUAAUCUGGGUGAAAAAAUUUCAUGAAUAAUUUUGAAGCGGCACAGAAAAUCGAAGAGCAAAGUAGUUUUCAAUCCUAGUAGUAAUAUCCUUUAGCAUUCCUCAAAGUUUCAAGUUGUACUACAAGCAAAAUGUUUCGGUUUUCUCGCAAUGCCAUAACCCGGGCGUGUAGUCUCGCCAUUCGCCGGCCGGAGGUGAUCCGUAAUCGCAGGUACGCCUCGCAGGCGAUCAACCAGAUGCUGCAGCUGCAGCAGAUGGAGAUCUGCGCGGAUCCUCCGUCGCGUGGCUUGGUCGUGGGAGUCUACGCCGACGAGGAGGACAAGAACGACGCCGGCAUCCUGACGCCGACCGGCUGGAAGUACAAUGUGCAGAAGACGCACGGCCGCUUGCUAGAAGUGCUGCGAAUGUCCGGACCCAUGCCCAAAAGGGGAGAGACCCGCGUCCUAUUCGCCGUGGAGCCGGAGCGAGUGCCCUACUACUCGGCGGUGGCGGUUAUCGGUUUGGGUAAGGAGUGCCUGGGCUACAACCCAUACGAGGUGCUCGACGAGCAGAAGGAGGCCAUCCGACGCUCGGUAGCGGAUGCCUGCCGUAUACUCGCUGAACUGGAUACCGACCGCAUUGAGGUGGAGAACUGUGGUCACGCCGAAUCUGCCGCGGAGGGAGCAGCUCUGGGCAUCUGGAUCUAUCAGGAGCUUCGGGAUCCUAAGCGGCGGAUUUCAGUACCUUCCAUCGAUCUGUAUGCCACCAAGGACGAGAUCUGCGACAUAGAAGGAUGGCGCAUUGGCCUCCAAAAGGCUGCCGCGCAGAACCUGACCCGCCAGCUGCAGGAGAUGCCCUCCAACCUUUUGACCCCCACUGCCUUUGCCCAGAAUGUCGUCGAGGUGCUCUGUAAGUCCGGUGUCAACGUGGAGGUCAAAGUCGAGGGCUGGGCUGAGAGCCAGUCGAUGCACGCCUUCCUGGCGGUGGGCAAGGCCUCCUGCGAACCACCCAUCUUUCUGGAACUUAGUUACUACGGAACCUGUGCCGAGGAGCGUCCCAUUGUCCUGGUUGGGCAGGGAGUGACUUACGAUGCGGGUGGCUUGUGCCUUAAGGAGAAGCAGGAACUUUUCCACAUGCGAGGAGAUAUGACUGGAGCGGCCGUAGUGGUAGCCACUUGUCGGGCUGUCGCUGGUCUGAGGUUACCGGUCAACAUUCGAGGACUAAUCCCGCUGUGCGAGAAUGUUAUUGGAUGCAAUUCCUUCCGUCCUGGAGACAUGGUGAAAUCCAUGAAUGGCAAAACCAUUGAGGUGCAGUGCACCGACCACGAAGAUGUUCUAGUGCUGGCGGAUGCCCUGCUUUACGGGCAGAACUUCUGUCCGAAGUGCAUCAUUGACAUUGGCACCUGCUCGGGAUAUAUGCGCCAGGCGUUGGAUGAGGCGGCCUGUGGUGUGUUCACCAACUCGGAGAUCCUGUGGCAGCAGAUCAAGCAUGCCAGUAUGCACACCGGGGAUCGCGUGUGGCGCUUCCCCCUGUGGAACUACUACAGCAAGGCGGUGCGUGCCGGAGGACGCAGUGAUGUGCAGAACUACGGCAUUGGCCGUGGUGGUCGUCCUUGCAAAGCCGCCGCCUUCCUGCGUGAAUUCGUGCCUUGUGGUCAAUGGAUGCAUAUUGACGCCACCAACGUGAUGAUCACGCGUGGCGAUGAGUUCGAGUAUCUGCGUCAGGGCAUGGCCGGACGACCUACAAGGACACUCAUCGAGUUUAUUGCACAGUCCAUUUGCAAGGACACAGCUCCAAAACUAAACAAGUGAUCCUAUGAACGGUGUUUUAGUUUUAUCAGACGAUGCCACACGUUCAUCGGUAUUCUUUUAACGACUGACCAACCUAUGACUUCUUUAACGUUCUGACGUUUAUCUAAUUGGGACCACAAAAUGUUAAAAUUAUUUCGUUUAUUAAUGACAUACAAAUUAUAAGUCAUGUAAAAAAGUGAAAA